AAAGAGAGAGAGAGAGCACAAGUGCCAGAAGGAAAGGAGGAAGAGCGAGAUAGAGGGCGAGAGCGUCGCCCAGACGCGCAUGCGUGGCGGCGGCGUGCGAGCGCGGAAGCGAGCAGACGACACCUCUUAAAAACAGGUGGACCUCGGCGGAUGCUGGUCAAUCGUCGCUCGGCGAGAGAAGCCGAAGCGCACGCAGCAAGCACAAGAACUCGUGGCCGAACAGCCGGCAGUCGUUCUUUUCAUCGGAGGACCUGGGAUACCCGGUGCCAGAUCGGAGACCGUGAAACGGACAGAGACACCGCCACGAGGGGUUAUUUUUUUGGAACGGGGGAGAAGGACAGUUUUCACUUUAACCUUUUCUUGUCCCGUGGACGACGAACUUCACUGCUGACACGUUCAAGUCGCUGACAGUUGUUCGUUCUUUUUUGUUUCUUUUUUUGUUUUGUUCGCUGUUUUGUUCCGCGUGUUCGCCGUACACCACGACGUGCCAAGAAGUCUGAGACGUCCACUGCUUACCGCCUUGCUCUCGUCGCCUGACUCGCAAGAACAACAUGGCGAUCCCCCGGAGACUGGCCUUGCCCGUGGCGCUCAUUUUGGCGGCAGUGGUGGCAGCCUGUCUGAUCCCCUUGGCCGAGAGCAGAGCUCUGACAAUCAAGAAGAGGGCUGCUUUUUACAUCGCCAACGACACCGUGUGCAACGUCGAUGGCGUGCUCUACCGGAGCGGCGACCCCAUCCCCACGGAGGACCCGUGCGAAACGUGCAAGUGCCGUCCACCUGGCUUCGCCUGCACGCUGCGCGAGUGCGAGGUGAGGCCCAACUGCAAGGCGGUCCGCCGAGAGGGUCAGUGCUGCCCGGAGUACCACUGCGGCUGCCAGCAAGACGGCAAGUUCUACAAGGACGGUGAAGUGGUCCCCAGCCCGCAGAGCCCGUGCUACGUCUGCUAUUGCCAGGGCAGCUCUAUCAGCUGCUCCCUGGUCGCUUGCCAGUUCCGGGGCGACUGUGAGCCGCGAUACGUGGACGGCGAGUGCUGUCCACGAUACGACCACUGCCCGCCGACAGAGGACCCACUGAGCACCACAACCGUCCAGCUGCCAUGGUCACCCUUCACGAGCCCGCGCACGACGGGCAGGUUCUUCACCACGCGGUUCCAACCGACGACGAUUCCCGGUGCCGGCCUGUCCACCCACGUCCCUGGUGGAAGCACGAAACACGGCGUUACGCGCUUCGAACCAACGACAGUUCCUGGUGUCGGCUCGUCCAGCCGUGCUCCCGGCGGAAUCACAAAGGAUGGUGUGCUGAUUACAAGGACCGCCUUCCCAACGUCCACUGAUUCUACGAGAACGACUGAGCGCAUCCACCCGGAGCAGACUGCGUUCCCCAGCUCGCUGUACGAUGACUUAUCUUCCCCGCAACCUGUUCCUGACGUCACCAACCCCGUGAAAAGGUAUACGACUCACCUUCCACCACCAGAAGGAACAGAAGGCACCACCGGCGCUGCAGGCGGAGCGCUGGCCUCCGACUCCGUGAAGCCACUGGAUGCAGCCGUGCAGAGUCAGGACGUUGACGACAAGCUCAAGUCGACAGCGGGCAAGGAUGCUACUGAAUCUACUGUUGCAGCCGGCGGCAACGAUGAAGGGUCUCGCACUGUCACGCGGCACAUUCUCCCUGCAACCAUUGUGCCUGCUGCAGCAGUUCCCGUGGUUCCAGCCGUGCUCCCAGAAGUGGGACCAGUUGUGAUCGCCAACGUUCCUGUUCACCCAGUGGUCACAACUGCCGGGCUCGGAACUGUUCAUCCGACCGUCCCCGGAACUGUGUUACAUGUUACUGGGGAUGCGGGGGCGACUCAGGGCACCGGGAUACCAGGAGCAGCAGUAGCAGGAGGAGCCUACGCCACGUCUACCGGCACCGUCGUAGGGGGAGCUGAGCAUUCUGGAACUGCGCCUGCAGGUCAAACCAAUCUGGGUGCUGCGGUUGACACUGCUGCAACCACGAGUACUUCAGUCGGAGACGCUACACACAUCGUGGCGGAUGGCGACUCCACAAUUCACGACGGCGCGUCCUCUCCAACGGUCCCGGCUACUUCGGAGCUGCCAAACGGUGCUUCCACCACUGGCGCAGUGACCGAUGCUUCAACAGCAACAGCAGCACACGACAGCGGUGCAGCCGCUGCCGCGCCCGUUGACACUGCCGUUGUGGGUGGUGUCCAGGCUGGUGGUGAUAGCACGAGUCAUACAGGCGCUACGCCGGACAGCCACUCUGGCGGAUCGGACCGCACUGAUGCCACUUCUGGCGUGUCUACCGACAGCGGGAUUGCAGUAACGGCGACAGCAGGUGGCCAGGCCGAGGGAACUGCUCACACUACACCAGAAGGCGUUACAGCUUCGCAGACGCAAAUCCCAGACGCUGCCUCCCCUUCAAAGGAAACCGCUGUCAACUCGGACUCAACUGACGCUACCAGCACGGUAGCAGGAAACGUCCCAGAUGCGACUGCCACUCACAUGGCGGAAGCCGGUGCCGGUGAAGCCACUGAUCUAUCUUCUGGCGCUGACGCUAGUAGCACGGCUGGACAUCAAAGCGAAAGCGACGCCCCUGCUGGAGACACUGCAACAACAGGCAGCGAUUCUACUCCUCCACUCAUGCUAGCUGAUGCUGCCCCUGCAGCGGUUGCUGGUGACUCUUCGUCUGCAGCGAGUUCGACCGAUUCUACACCAGGCACGACUGCUGGCGAUGCAGCCUCUGCAAUGACUUCCGGUGAUGCUGCCCCAGCAACGACUUCCGGUGAAGCCACCCCAGCAACGACUUCCGGUGAUGCCGCCCCAGCAACGACUUCCGGUGAUGCCGCCCCAGCAACGACUUCCGGUGAGGCCGCCCCAGCAACGACUUCCGGUGACGCUGCCCCAGCAACUGCUUCCGAUGACGCUGCCCCAGCAACUGCUUCCGGUGACGCUGCCCCAGCAACUGCUUCCGGUAACGCGGCCCCAGCAACUGCUUCCGGCGACGUUGCCCCAGCAGCUGCUUCCGCUAACACUGCCUCAGCAACGGUUUCCGGUGACGCUGCCCCAGCAACGGCCUCCGGUGACGCUACCCCAGCAACGGUUUCCGGUGACGCUGCACCAGCAACUGCUUCCGGUGACGCUGCCUCAGCAACGGCUUCCGGUGACGCUGCCUCAGCAACUGCUUCCGGUGACACUGCCCCAGCAACUGCUUCCGGUGACGCUUCCCCAGCAACUGCUUCCGGUGACGCUGCCCCAGCAACUGCUUCCGGUGACGCUCCCCCAGCAACUGCUUCAGGUGACUCUGCCCCAGCAACUGCUUCCGGUGACGCUGCCCCAGCAACGGCUUCCGGUGACGCUGCCCCAGCAACGGCUUCCGGUGACGCUGCUUCUGCAACGGUUCCAGGCGACGCUGCCCCAGCAACGGCUUCCGGUGACGCUGCUCCAGUGGCAGUUUCCGGCGACGCUGCCCCUGCACUUACUUUGGGUGACGCUGCCCCAGCAACGGCUUCCGGUGACGCUGCUUCGGCAACGGUUCCAGGCGACGCUGCCACUGCAACCACUUCCGCCGACGCCGCUCCAGUGCCAGUUUCCGGCGACGCUGCCCCUGCACUUACUUUGGGUGACGCCGCCUCUACGCCUGCCUUGGGCGAUGCGGUCAAUGCACCGGCUUCCGGUGAAUCUAUCCCCGCAACCAGCACCGGGGACUCUGCGCCAACAGCCACAACCGGUGAUUCCGUCCCAGCGACAUCGGGUGAUACUACACGUGCAAUGGGUACUGGUGAAUCUAGCCCAGCAACUACAACCGGUGACUCUGCCACGUCAAACACAGCCGGGGAUUCGGUCUCGGCAGCAACUGCUGGUGAUUCUGCGCCCGGAAACGAAGUAACCAGCAACCCUACUUCUAACCUUUUCAAUAUGCCUGAUGUUACUACGGGAAGCUUGUCUGCUGUUGGGCACGAUGAGUCAGCGACACCGACUGCGGUGACAAGUGGUGCUGAUCAAACCAGUGAAACCACCCCCACGCCGUCCACAGGUUCCGAUGCCAGCAGUGAGGCUGCUCCUGCUUCUACAGACAGCUCUACUGGCAGCGCAGGCGCUGAUUCAACAAAGGACGACGCUUCAACUACUGCUAGUCCUAGUUCAGGCAUGGAAGCCGGCCCAGCAACGUUUGAAGGCCAAGGCUCCGUUCAAGGCGGAGAAGUUGGUUCCGGUUCUAUUGAUGUCACACCAGCUCCCCCUGCGUCUUCGGAAGUGACUACGCCAGCCGCUGGCCCUUCACCUUCCCUCACCGAAGAAAAAGCUACCGAACAAGAUAGCAGCAGCGAAUCAAGUGCCAUGAAACCAGCAGAGGAAGGAGCCAGCCAAACAACGACCACGGCAGGAUUAGUGGUGCCAGAGGCCGGAUCGGCAACCACCGGAGCUGAAUCAGUGACGCCAUCAUCAACCGAGGCGGCAGCUGCCGGAGAAAGCCAACCAAGCACGCCAGCUCCAGCUGCAGAAGAACACCCUCUCGGUGACGAGCCUCACCGUGACGAAGGCGCGGUCGAGAGUACCGAGGCUCCGAAGAAAGAAGCUGAGCCAACCACUGACGCUCCUGCCUUCACACCCGUUGAAGAGCACCCACAGGGUGACGCUCCAGUUGUUCCCGAAGUCAAGACUGAAGAAAACGAAGCUGUGCCACCCAAGGACAGCACUGAAUCCAGCGUGCCGCAGCGGGACGAGAAAUCAAACGACGUCUCAGACAGCGCGAGCCACGAUGACUCAACCACCCCAGCAGAUCAAGGACCGACACCCGAUGCUUUAGGAGCCGACAGUGGAGCCGACAGCACAUCAUCUGCGGCGCCAAAGAGUGAGGACACCACCAUGUCUGAAAACGUAGAACGCGAACAACAUACAGAAGGAGAAUCAGAUGCUACAACCGCACAGCCGCAGGAAACGCCUACAACUACGACUGAAGCCCCACACCACGACGUGGACGAUGACUCCGGCAGAACGCCAGUCACCGAGACGCCAAUCGUGCCGGAGGAGGCGCACACAGUGUCACCAGACAACGAAGGCGAGAAACCAGAAGCCUCCACUGAGCCACCUCAGAACGAUGCACCUCCACACGAUGAAGCCACUCCAGGUGACAGCGGUGCGCCACACGAUGACGGAGCGGCUCCGGGUGCCACUGGCCCAGUCGAAGGAGUGGGUGCUGGCGAUUUACCGCCCUCUGAUGCUGCUCCCGCGACACCAGAACCAGCUCCUGAACCAGCUCCACAACCUGCACCAGCGCCAAAGCCAAGUGGUGGCAAUGGAGGCGACGCUCACGGCCACGAGCACAAACCACACGUACACCACGAUUAUGGAGGAAGGGUUCCUCCCACGAUUGAACAGCUUCUGGCACAGCUGAGCCCAGACACAAGGCGGCAGUACGAGCUGGACCACGGGAUUGUUUCCAAGCCGUCCGGUGGAGAGCCACCGGCACACGGAGGCGAUGAAGGUGCUCACGGUGCUUCACCAGGCGAGUCGGGGCACGAGCAGCCGCCGACAUCAGAAGGCCCGGCAGUCGACUCAGAUGCUUCCGGUUCCGACAGCGAUGUCCUGGGCGCGAGGCCUCCAAAGUCGGAAGACGACGGCGGCUCGAAGCCGGCCGACGGUGAUCAGGUCACUCCGGCCUCGAACUCUGGUGACAACCUGCCAGAGGCCACGACGCCCGCACCCGGUGACGCCAACGGAGCUGGGCACGGUGGUGAUGAGGCUUCCGGUUCUGGAGACGGAGUCCACGGCGCAGGUGGCGAUGAGGAUACGCAGACUAACGAGGUUACCGACGCUCCCAAGGCCACCGAAUUCCCAACUCGUUACACGACGACACAGGCGCCUGCUCCUGCCGGCGGCGACGACCACCGCGAUGACGCCACAACAGAAGCGGCGCCUUCAGCCGCCGCGGGAGCUGAUGCGAGUGGCAGCUCCAACGGACACAAGGGCGAACCUUGCGGCGACGGCGCCGGUGUCAAAUCCGAAGACGCCACCGCAUCGAGGACGCAGGACCCAAUCGUCCAGUUAGUGAAGGCUGGCAUUCCUGACUUGCACCUUGACGGUGCCGAGCCCCACAGGGACCGAAGGCGCUCUGGGCGGCGGGCUCACUGAGGCGACUAGUAGAGGUAUGCCCCGAAUUGUCCGAUGCUCUCCGUUGUGAAUCUCCCGGUGGUGUGGGCCUUAGGCGCGUGAUAACUGACGCUGCUGUCAGAUGGAGAAGAAAAUGUAUUGAUAAUGUAAGGGAAGGAUGAUUAAAUUUGAACCGUAAACUGUGCGCUGAGCAAUCAAUUGGAGCUUCAUACUUAGCAAUAACUUCACCCCGCUGUGAUCCCCAUUAUUUAGGGAAAAUGUCCCUGGGAAUGUUAAGUGUCAUCGAGUGGAGUACUACGCGCGGAACAUUUCCGAGUCUUAAACAGCGUGCGGUUUGUCCGCAGUCCUAAAGCAGGCAUCGUGAGAGCGUUCGUUCUCUUUAGAAGUACUUCUGUAGUCGAAGGCCCACAUUUGGUUACGGAGUUUUACAACGAGGAAUAUCUGGAAACUCACGGCAAUGCCUCGCACAUCCAGGGACUGUGAUGCACACAUCAUCGGCGCCCUGAGUGUCGUCCAUCCAAUGUACAUACUCGCUCGGGGUGCGGGUCACAAGCUGGGGGAACAAGCCGAGGCGCCACAUGUGCGUCUUGGCGUGGUGGCAGCUACAAUUCUGCAUCGCAGAAAGAUGACACGCCAGCAGUAAGGAAAAAAUUGUGGGAGUGUAAAACGUAAGUUUUUUUUUACACACUCACGAACAAUUGAAGUGCAUGCUACAAAAAUAAUGAAAAAAGAAAUUCUCUGCGAGUAAGCAGUUACUUUAGCGAUGAUCUUGCACGCAUGAUCCCGAGGUUGAACUCCACUAAAUUAAUGAUGGCUAUGUACCGAGCGCUGAGCAACGGCGUAGCCCGUGUAUACUAAACGUACAUUGCUUGCGCCGUUAUACUGACAGCAGGCGGCGCUCCGGAGCCGAUAAUCGGGAGAAACAAAAAUUAAGUCUAGCUGCAAGCUGACGAAUCUGGCAUUGUGGAAUGGAUGAAGUUAUGUGGUACGCAGCCGUGUUGGAGUCGGCGAGCUUUACUGCAGGUAUAUUGCUCAGUUCUUCCCAACGGAUGAACUACUGCAUCGGCGUAUCCUACUUAAGAGAAGCAGGAGGCCAAUGUACUACGUGAGAGUGAAUGAACCGAGUGAAACAUGCCUUAACGCCAAGUGCAAUUGACGAGAUAGACCAGCGCGGGGCUUAGCUCAAUGCGACGGGAGGCGGCACGACGUCUUUCUGCGGUGACUCGCUUCGGGGCACAGUCGGUGGGUCUGGAGGCAUCCUGUGUCUACACUUUUCAUCUGUUAUUAUUAUUUUUUCUUUUUUAUUAUUAUUAUUAUUGUUUUACAUGGUUCAAUCAUCCACUGUUCAGCGAGGCUGGUUAUGUAUUAUUGGUGUGCUGUUGCCAAUAAACACCUUUCUGAACGGUUUUGUUAAAAAAAAGGAUAGCACCUGUGUCUUGUGUUCACUUUUUCUUGGUGGUUGAUCUGUGAUGCAAGACACGAUUGCCGAACAAUCGUGUUGCGUCAUAAGAUUACGACAGCAAUAUAGAACAAUGAAACGCAAGUAAUACGGGCUCAUAGCAAUACACGCCGUGAAGAAGC